ACGCAGGCGGAAGGCAGCCCUAGGACGGGUUGCUUAUCUCUUGGCACAAGAUUUGCUUGAGGGUGAUUGAUUCGGACAUUACAUGUCAGGAGGACCCAGGUCAGAGGAGGUAGUCGGCCCUUCAAGGGGGAAGGGACCAGUCCCAUAUCUUGGGGAUGGCUACAACCAUUUGGUGGGAGAGGAUUUCGUCAUACAGACUUUUCGAAAGCCUCUCUAUGGAGACCGUUUUCUGGAGGUUUCAUAUGACUACGUCUACGGCAAGGGCCGGAUCGAGAUCUUGAUCGGUGUCAGUGACAGCAUUUCCCUCGCUGAGGAGUUGUACCUUCGGAGCGUUGCGGACGAGGAGAUGGUCAGAUGUAUGGCAUAUAUCAACAAGAUCGAUCCUACUGCAUCCUUUGACAUCAGCUACGUGGUCCCAGAGUCGAUGGCCACUCAGGUUCUCAAUGAUGAGGAGGACCAGCGUGUACCAGAUACGGAGUCCCAGGCAGUCGAGCCCACUCAUGAGGGGGUACCACUUAGCCGUGCUAGUUCCUCUGCUGGAGAUGGAGAAGUAACCACAACCGUGGUUCUUCGAGAGAUGUUGAACCGAAUAGAGGCCAUGAAGACCGGGAUGGACACUAUGAAUGUCCGUCUAGACCUUCCAAGAGCUAAAGUACCUCCAGAGAACAUACCCUGCUUUGAUGGAACCAAGGUUAGGGAGUUCCUGGAGGACUACGAUGUCUUCGGCAUGAGCCACGGUUGGUCGGACAAGCAGAAGUUGAAAGCUCUGCUAGCCUAUGUUGAACCUAAGAUGAGAGUGUCGGUAACGAAGACGAUACAAGGGUUGACAACAUGGGUCGAGGUUAGACAAAAGAUGCUGGAAGAGUAUGCGAAGUAUGACGUCCCAACGAUAAGGCAAAAUUUGUUGGAAGUACGACGCUCCAAGUACGCUACCCUCGAUCAAUUCCUAGAGGAUUUUGAGAGGGUUGCGAGGAGAGUACCCUCACUAGACGAGGCCCAAAAAUGCCAUGUCCUACUGACUAACUUCGCAGAGGACGAAAGGAAGAGUGUGGUAAGUCGCGCUGCCCAUUAUCCUCUGAAGUGGGAUGAAGUAGUUGAGAUGGUCCGUGAGCUACCUUCCGUGUCCAAUCGAAAAUGGUCCUUGGAACAGAUGAAAGCAAUCACUAGUGCGAGAGAGGGAAAUGUUGAGGCAGCUACGGGGGGGAACUUGAAGGCAGAGGAGAUUCGUGGUCUUCUCGUUAAGCUUGGUAGCUUCGAGAAGUUAACCCUUCCUGCCCCAGCAACUCAAGCACUUGUUGGAGCCGAAGAAGGUCAUACUCUAACCCGGUGUCCGACUUUAGAAAAAAAGUUCGAAGAAGGGAUUGUCAAGAAGAAUGUCAAUGGGCACAUCUGUGAUGCCAAUUCGAAUAAGGUGGACCUCCGAGUCAAAGGAGGAAUGCGAGCAAUUAUCCUAGAAAAGGCUAAGGCCAAUAAGGAUAAAAAGAAGAAGGUUAGGAUCAAUGUUGUCACCUUUGACGRCAUGCUACCUCCGGAGAUAGUGGCUCGAGACGACAAUCCUGGAAGUCAAAGCCUGAACGUAUCUCAUAUCAGCCAUAGAGAGGUUGAGGAGAAAAAGCGGGAGAAGGCCCAAAGAGAGCUAGACCAGUUGAUUGAUGGGACCAAGGACUUAGUGAAGGAAGGGAAAGGAAAGGAAGCUGUCGGGAAAAAGAGGAAGGUGGUCCUGAGAUCUGAGGCCGAGGAGGGUGUCUCGAUAGAUGAAGUAGUGAAGAAACUACUUGAGGAGACCGAGAUCUAUCCUGGAAAGAGGCGGUAGCUUUGGUGCCAAAGUUUAGAGAAGAACUUAAAAAGAUGGUUGAAAGGCGGAAGGUAGAAAUCAAUAGCCUAAGACUCU